AUGACUUUGCGAUCGUCAAAGAAGAAUCAGGCGGUUCGAAGCGUACCGUUUCUGUUUCUGCUCUCGUUCUUCCUCCUUCUCUUGGCAGUUCGAGCUGAAUCCGAGCACAAAAAGGAAGAAGACAAAGAAGACAAAGAAGACGAAUGCAAAUGCGUUCGGAAAAGCACGUGCGUGCCGCAAAUCUACCCGCACGUGUUCCCAACGCAAGCGAAGGAGCUUCGAGAGAUUGCGAUUUCCAAGAACAUUUGGACGUCGGACAGACACGACUUUUACCCGACCAAAGACGUUCCGAUACGGAUGCUCGGAUCGAGGGCGAAGAUAUUGGCUUUUGAAGAGAUUUGGGAAACCAUGGUAGGGAAGAUUGAAAGGCAGUGUGGCGAGGGAAAGGGGGAGUCGUCGUAUUGGAACGUAUCGAUCGAAGAUGCGUUCGUGAUAAGGUACGAUGGGAAGUCGGAAAAGGACUCGCAUUUGCGCAUGCACCAAGACGAUGGGCCGAUUUCUUUCCAGGUGAGCUUAUCAGACGCGGACGAAUACGAAGGCGGAGGGACGAACUUUUACGAAGCGAAGCGAAGGAGGACGCAGUUCGAGGAGAAGAGCGCGAAAGAAAGGGCGAAAACAAACGUCAAGUUAGAAAAGAUUGGUGACGUGCUCGUGCACGGUGGACAGAUCGAUCACGAAGGCGCAAAAGUCACGAGUGGGUUAAGAUAUACGCUCGUUUAUUUUCUACAGAUAAACAAAGGGUGCUGUUGGCAAGACACGAUAGACGAGACGAUGAAUAAAAUCACGCGAAGAAUCACCGGUGUUUUCGUGUUUCUGUUCCUGUUGUUUCUGUUUAUGAAACCCGAAUCGAAUAAUUUGAAACAACUUUAA